CUUCACACAUCGCCAUAUCGCAUUUGAACCUGGCCAUCCUGACCAUGUCCCCACCCACGGCGUGCCACCGCUUCGUGCAGCGGGUCACAAACGCCUUCCUCUCAGCUGGCGGGCACGACUCGUCGUGCCUCGCUCAGUCCUCGGUUCGCCUUAUUCACGCACAACCGGGCCUCGUCCGUCUCGGCCUCACAAUCGGCAAGCACAAUGUCAACCGGCUCGGCUCGCUGCAUGGCGGCCUGAUCUGCACCUUGACCGACACGAUGGGGAGCCUGGCUCUGGCAAGUAGGGGCCUGUACAGCACAGGUGUAUCGACAGACAUCAGCACGACUUUCGUGAAGGCGGCGGGCGUAGUGGGAGACGAGGUGCAUGCAGAGGGCAGGGUAAUCAGUCUCGGAAAAACGCUUGCGACGACUCGAAUGGAGCUUCGGCAUCCCGUCACCAAUGCCAUUCUAGCCUUUGGAUCUCACACGAAGUUCGUCGGAAAGGCACACGGGCAUGCAGAGAAUGUCGAAUUCGACGACCAAGGGAACCUUAUCAAGGGCAGGAAUCCCGAUGAAUGGCCGGACAAGUAAUGUUUAUUGCAUCUAGAAAUACAAGCGAGAGACUACGCAAGGUCAGUCACCCAUCGACCCUGCACCAGGCGCUGCUUUGCCUCAACCGGCGGGAGACUCCAGCCGACAUGACUGGCCCUCUCGUCGGCUUCACAUGCUGGACCCGUUCCGUACGAUGGGACAAGCAUCACGGUUCUUUCUGUGGGAGCAGCAGUAGUUUUGUCCUGGACGCUACCGCCCUUGAGCGCUCUUGCGGCCGCGACGAGCUUUGACAUUGUCGACGAU